AUGCCUCUAGAUAUCAAUGUCAACCUGAGCGCAUCAAAUAUCACAUCACCGGGCCUCCUUCCUUUCUCCAGACAUGCCCGCAGCCACUUCCUACCCACAAUCAGAAAUGGCAUCGUAACAAAGAGCCCAAUCUAUGUCCUGGGAAACCAAUCUGCAGAUCUCGACUCUAUCAUAUCGGCAAUAUUAUAUUCAUACUUCUUCUCACGGAAUGGUGAGAACGAGAAGAGAAGAUAUGUUCCUCUGGUGAAUUUACCGGACGUGCCAAGUGGGCCGAAAUUGAGGAGAUUAAGGCCGGAGUUUGCGUGUGCCUUGGAGCUUUCAAUCUCUUCUUCGUCGUCUACCAUAUCGAUGCAGAAGAAAGGGAAGGAUAAGGAUGGAGAAGAUGGGAUUGUUAAAUUGCUCCGAGAACAUAUCAUCACCGUGUCUGAUUUGCGUGAGGGACUUCUAUCUUCCUUGGACGUAGACCCAGAAGCAACGGGAAAGAACAAAAAAUUGGAACUCGAUUGCGUGAUGGUAGAUUGGAACAACCUCCCCCACAAAUCACCUCAGAGAGAAGAAGGCAAAGGCUCAAUAGAAGGGCUUUCGGAUCUCGUCACUUUCACUGUCAAUGGAUGCAUUGAUCAUCGUCCCGAUGAAGGGUUUGUGCCGCCACUGGGACGAUUACCGCCGGGAAACCCGCGGGUUAUUAUUUCUGGACCGGGUUCGUGUACAAGUUUGAUUGUUCGCGAGAUUCGGGAGCGUGGGUUGUGGCCUUCUUCCUCUGCUGUGAAUGAAAAGCGACCAGAGCAACAGAUCAAUAAUGAAGAAGGGGCUGAUUGGGAAGUCCAACUUGCAAAACUCGCCCUCGCCUCAAUUCUAAUCGACACCACAAACCUCACCGCCGAAGGUAAAGUCACGGAUGUUGAUCGAGACGCCGUCUCAUUCCUAACGGAAAGAAUAUCAUCUUCAUCCUCAUCUUUAACUUCUACCGGUGAUGGUGAAUGGGACCGAACUGCGUACUUUGAGCAGAUCCAAUAUGCGAAAACGCAUAGUUUGGAUUGGUUGACUACUAAUGAGAUUCUUGGGAGAGACUAUAAGGAUUGGACUGAGUCGGCGUUGUCGGGUGAGAAGAGGGUUAUUGGGAUUGCGAGUGUUGUGCGGCCAUUGAAUUGGAUUAUCGGCAAGGCGAGGGAUGAAGAUGGCGAGUCGGCCAAUACAGGGAAUGACGAGUUGAAAUUAUUCUUGAAUAAAUUGAAGAAGUUUGCUGCGGAAAGAUGUCUGGACGUCGUUUCCGUGAUGACAGCAUUCAACGGUGAAGCAGGGCAGUUUACAAGAGAAUUACUCGUCUGGGGUCUCAAAGACGACCACAAUGACACACUCGAGAAAUUUUCAGAAAUGGCCAAGGAACAAUUAGGACUGCAGAAGUGGAAUAAUUUCCCCGUCGAGGGCAGUCAUGAACACACCGGUGGUCUAUGCAUAUGGCAGCAGGAGAAUGUUUCUCAAAGCAGAAAGCAAGUUGCGCCGCUGCUCAGGGAGGCGUUUACGAGCUGA